AUGUCAUCAUCUUCGUCCGAUGAAGUCGAAGAAAGAUUGAACGAAAUUUUCGACGAUAUCUUGGAAGAUACAUACAACGACAUAGUGGAGGCCAAAACCAGUAAGCAAAGGAAACAAGCUUAUAUAGAACGAAACCGUGAAGCGGGACACAGCCGCUUAUGGGAUGACUACUUCACCGAAGAUUCGACAUUCUCGACAUAUUUAUUCAGACGCCGUUUCCGCAUGAAUAAGGAUUUAUUCUUGCGUCUUGUUCAUGGCCUCUCAGAGAACGUUCCAUUCUUUCAACAAAGAAGAGAUGCAACCGGGAGGUUUGGUCUUUCUCCACUACAAAAAUGUACAGCAGCUAUUCGUCUGCAUGCUUAUGGUACUGCGGCUGACACGGUAGACAAAUAUCUCCGACUUGGUGAAAGCACGGCACUUUCGUGUUUACACCAUUUCACUGACGGAAUAAUACAGUUAUUUGGAGAUGAGUAUCUACGAAGACCCAUACCAGAGGAUCUUCAACGACUGUUCGAUAUGGGAGACAAACGCGGGUUUCCUGGGAUGGUAGGAAGCAUUGACUGUAUGCAUUGGGAGUGA